CAAUUUGAUUGAUGACAACACAAUGUCUUUCGUUACCUCAUCUACCACCUUGACCUGGUAUAAAGCAUGGGGUGAUGAGGUGUCCAAGAAUAUUUCAUCGCGGCUGGUAUGGGUAUAUGAAGCGCUGUCUAGUUCCGAUCCAUAUACGAUUUCUCCACGUUUUAUGAAGUCACCCUUUGGCGUCAACUUGUGAUACACGAUCAACUUCGAUUUGGCAUUGGAAGGCUGAUAACAGACGUUCAGUCAAGAUGGUAAUGUGCAAAGUGGAAUGAUGGUGAUGUUUACCUUCUGGUCUUGUGCGUGUACAAAGCAAGCAGUGCACAAAAGAAGGGCAAUGAAUAAGGCCAGAUGCUUCAUGUUAUAUGGUUGCGAACAAAAGGCAGCCGGCUUGGUUGCAGGGACGUCACAUUUGGCUUCAGCAUCAAAAAUGUCGGUCUUCGCGAAAAUUGCUGUUGAAAUUUUAUUUUUGAUCGCGCUGAAGCCAGGACGCGCCGAAAGAUCCACAACCAUGUCGUCCUCCAAGAAUGCAAGUCCUGCCAAGAAGCAGACGACGUUAAAUUUCGGUGGAGCCAAGGUUCAGCCAAAGCAAACCAGCAUGAGCGCUUUCCUCAGUGGCAACAAGGAACACAAAACCGAGGAGAAGCCAGUCGAGAAAGGAGAAGAUAUGGAGGUUGACCAAGACAUUAGCAAUGAGAAUGUUGCCAGUAGCUCGGCUAAACGUAAACGGCGCAGUAAGAUUGCUGAAUCUUCAGACGAAGACGAUGAGACAACAGGGCUUUCACAUGAUUUGGAAAAUAACACAAUUGACAGUCAAUCGAGCCAAGUCCAGGCUGCCUCAGCAACCAAGAAGGUCAAAGUGGAGGAGGGUGUAGAAGAGAACACCGAAGAUGCAUCAGUGAAAAGCGACGAUGAUGAAGAGAUUGAGCAAGCAAAGAAGGAAGAAGAAGAGGCAGACAGAGAGAUGAAGGAAGAUAAGGCUGUAGCAAAGAAAUUAGCGGCUGUAUUCACUACAUCUGCAAAAGCAGAUCCAGACACAACUUGGAAAAAGGGAGAGCCUAUCCCCUAUUCUGCGCUUUGCAAAACAUUUGAGCUAUGCGAAAAUACCACCAAGCGAACAGAAAUUACAACAUAUAUGGUUAAACUAUUUAAACAAGUCAUAGAACUUACUCCGGAUGGACUUUUAGAACUCCUUUAUCUCUGUAUCAACAAGCUUUGCCCAGAUUAUGAAGGGUUAGAAUUAGGAAUAGGAGAAACACUUCUGAUGAAAGCGGUGGCCAAUUCGACUGGAAGAAGUAUGGAUAAGAUCAAGUUGGAUUAUCGCGAAACUGGUGAUCUUGGCUUGGUGGCAAAGAACAGUCGUGGUGCUCAGCGUACACUUUUUGCGGCCAAGAAGUUGACGGUUCCAUUUGUUUUCAAAACUCUUCGAUCGAUUGCCAAAAUUAGUGGUCAAUCCUCACAAGCACAAAAGAUUGCCAAUAUCUCAAAAUUGCUGGUCGCCUGCCAGGAUAGCGAAGCAAAAUACUUAAUAAGACAAUUGGAAGGAAAACUACGCAUUGGUCUAGCUGAGCAGACGAUUUUAAGUGCUCUAGCACAGGCUGUAGUGUUGACGAAUAAGAAAUCAUCUAAACUUUCAGAAAGUCAAAGAGAGCAAGCAUUCACUGGUGCCGUUGAAACAGUUAAAGCUGUGUAUAACCAAUUACCCUGUUACGAUAUGAUAAUACCUGCUCUGUUGAAAUACCCAAUGGAAGAGCUGCAGGAACAUUGCAAAAUGACACCUGGCAUUCCACUUAAGCCAAUGUUGGCCCAUCCCACCAAGAGCUUGACCGACAUUCUUGAUAGAUUUGAAAACCGAAAGUUCACUUGUGAGUUCAAAUAUGAUGGAGAACGAGCACAGAUCCACAAGCUGGAUAAUGGCAGUACCACUGUCUACAGUCGCAAUUCUGAGAACAUGUCUGGCCGAUACCCAGAUGUGAUGGAGAAGAUAGCAAAGUGGGUUGCGCCCGGAACGAAAUCGUUCAUUCUUGACUGUGAGGCCGUAGCUUGGGAUCGUGAGAAGAAAUGUAUUUUGCCUUUCCAAGUCCUAAGUACGCGAAAGCGAAAGGAUGUCAAGGAAGAAGAUAUCAAGGUCCAAGUUUGCAUUUUCGCAUUUGACUGUUUAUAUUUGAACGGCGAGCCUCUUCUGCGUAAACCUUUGUCAGAGCGUCGUGAGAAACUGCGAGAAGCGUUCAUUGAGACAGAAGGAGAGUUUGCUUACGCUCGACACAUGGACUCCAAUGUCAUUGAUGACAUUCAAACGUUUUUGGAUACAUCUAUUCAAGGCAAUUGUGAAGGAUUGAUGGUGAAAACCUUUGAUGGCGAGGAAGCGUCGUACGAGCCAUCUCGUCGAUCACGGAACUGGCUCAAAGUCAAGAAAGACUACUUGAUGGGCAUUGGUGACUCGCUUGAUCUCGUUGUCAUUGGCGCCUUCCAUGGUAGAGGAAAGCGUACUGGUGUCUACGGAGCAUUUUUACUAGCGUGCUACGAUUCUGACAAGGAGGAGUUUCAGUCUAUCUGCAAAAUCGGUACAGGAUUCUCUGAAGAAGCGCUCCAGAACCACUUCGAUUUCCUGAAAGAGCAUGUCAUAGCUCGACCACGACGCGAUUAUCUUCUAGGCAACAAUGCUGAGAAACCUGACGUGUGGUUUGCUCCUGUACAAGUAUGGGAAGUUUUGGCGGCUGAUCUGAGUAUCAGUCCGUCAUACAUGGCAGCUGUUGGAGAGAUUGAUAAAGCCAAAGGCAUAUCCCUACGUUUCCCUCGUUUCAUCCGCAUUCGCGACGACAAGAAGCCAGAGUCAGCAACUAGCAGUGAACAGGUAGCCGAAUUCUAUAGACGCCAAUCUGGAAGUACUUCAGGAUCAGGUCUGGCGGACGUAGGCGGUCAAGGAAUUGACGACGAUUUUGAGUAUUAAAAAUUUGAGAUAAACUUUAGUUCGUUAGAAAAACCGACAAACAUGGUGUAUAAUUUGUAAUAUUUCGAAGGAAAGAAGAAAAUAACGAACUGGCAGUGAACAUAUAAAAAAUCGAAGAGAAAAACAGCAUUAUUACAAUGGUA